AUGGCUUCCUGGACCCCGUGUCUGCUCCUCCUGCUGCUGGCCGGUCCCCCCGCGGCCCAGGCCGCACCGCCGACCUGCUACUCCCGGGUGCUGACCCUAAGCCGGGAGAUCACCAGGGACUUCCAGAGCCUGCAGGCUGCAGAAGGCACGGAGCCGUGUGUGAGGUCCCUGCCCGGCCUGUACCUGGACAUCCACAACCACUGCGUGCUGGCCAAGCUGCGGGACUUUGCGGCCUCGCCCCAGUGCUGGCAAAUGGCCCCGGCGGCCGCCCUGAAGGACAAGGCGCGCAAGCUGUACACCAUCAUGAACUCCUUCUGCCGCAGGGAUUUGGUCUUCCUCUCCGAUGACUGCCAGGCCUUGGAAUACCCGACCCCGGUGACCACGGCGCCCCCCGAUGGCCAGAGCUGAACACGCAGCCCGCCCAGAGAAGCACCCACCAGGAGGGAGGCCGGGG